UGGGAACGUCCUUCGAACGAUGCAUGGAACAACCCUCCCGAACAGCCCCAUUGGCCAGUGAAGUCCUCCAACGUGCUCCGGUCAGGCGGGAUUGCCCACACACAUUGCGCGAGGGGCGUAUUCCAAAAAUAGCAAUUUUCCAAGCUGGUUCUACAGUGAGCAGCCCUUGCCCGGCACUUCAAAAACAACAGCCUAUCCCCACGGGAGCUGAAAAAGUAUUAAACGUCGCUGUUUUCUAUCUCUCUAAAAUGUCUACUCCCCUCGUUGACGCGUUCACACAGGCUCACCACACACUCGUGGCCCGCAGCACCGACCAUAAGCUGUUCCCAAUCUACCUGAACCUGGUUUUCAAGGCAUACAAUCUCAAGACAGAUGGAAACUUUGCUCUGGCAUACUUUUUCCUCAUUGUGCUGGGAAUUGCCGAGCGCCUGCUCUCGCUGAGCAUUGACCUCAUCCAGGACAAGCCUGGACAGCCGUGGCGCAUCUUCCCGCGGGCAUGCAUCUACUUUGUGGUGACGCUGUUCCGCUACGUGCUGAUGAUUGCGAUCAUGAACGUGUAUAUCCCCAUGUUCUGCGUUAUCUGCCUUGGACUGACGCUGGGCCAGAUCAGUGUCGAGGGGAUCAGGUACUGGAUGAUGAUGCGCCAGGUCAAGCGCGCCAAGGCCCACCAGGCGCUGGACGGCUCGGCCGA